GCUGCAGGUGCUGCACAACGCCAACCUCGCGAUGUGCGCCGUCGAGAUGGUGCUUGGGAGGGUGCCGCUUCGGAUGGUGCACGUCCCGGUCGGCGUGCUCUGGGGGCUCCACUACGUCGGCUUUGCGUGGGCGUGGAUGCUGCGGACGGGAGGGGUCGUCUACUACCCGUUCCUCGACCCGACCGUGCCGCCCUCCACGUCUCUCCCAAUCCACGUCGCCCUCGUCGCCGCCUUUGCCGCCUUCUUCGCGUUCGGCGUCCUGCUGGGCGGCUCCGACGACCUCGCGGUCAAGGUGUCGGCCCUGGUAGCUGCCGUGCUCGGGCUGACGUACACGCGCGCGCACGGUGCGCCCGCGCUGCUGAGAGAGGCGGCGACGGCGUAGUGCGAGCGCCGUGACGGUUGGCUGUUCUCUUUUGGGGGCAGCGCGAGGCUUGUCGCGAGGCUUGUGUUCGGCGGCGCCCUCUCACACCUUCCCAGAUUAAGAGAAAAUGC